CUGUUUUCAUGACCUGUCCCCAGUCAUAUGAUUGAUUCAGUCAUGUUAUGUCAAGGAAGGUCUGGUAACUGGCACUAACACCACCUUGCAGCUCCAUCAUUCUGUCGUUCAUCUUCGACCUUUUUCGAAAAGAUGAGUCGUUGUAUUUGGAUACUGAGCAUUUUGAGUUCAUGGCUGUGCAUGUCAGAAACUACAGCCCAGUACACUCCGGACUGGAAGAGUCUCGACUCAAGACCACUUCCUAAGUGGUACGAUGAGGCGAAAGUCGGGAUUUUCGUGCACUGGGGCGUAUUUUCAGUUCCAGGGUUCGGCAGCGAGUGGUUUUGGUGGAAUUGGCAAGGUGGGAAAGACCCUGCUCUUGUGUCUUUCAUGGAGAAGAACUAUCCUCCUGGAUUCACAUAUCCGGAUUUCGCUCCCGACUUUCGUGCAACAUUCUUCGACCCAAACGAAUGGGCUGCCCUCUUUGAGUCCGCAGGUGCAAAAUAUGUUGUGCUGACCACAAAACAUCAUGAGGGCUUCACAAACUGGGGAUCCCCGUUCUCUUGGAAUUGGAAUUCUGUUGACACAGGGCCACACAUGGACCUUACUGGGGAAUUGAUGGAUGCAAUUCGGAACAAGUCUCUUCACUAUGGUGUCUACAACUCCUUGUAUGAGUGGUUCAAUCCCAUGUACUUAAGUGACAAGAAGAAUGGCUUUAAAACUCAGGAGUUUCCCCACAACAAACUUCUGCCAGAGCUCUACAACCUUGUUGUAAGGUAUAAACCUGACUUGAUUUGGUCAGAUGGAGAUUGGGAGGCUCCAGACACUUACUGGAACUCCACUGAAUUCUUGGCCUGGCUCUACAAUGAAAGCCCAGUCAAGGAUGUUGUGGUAACUAAUGACCGAUGGGGCGCAGGGUGCGCAUGCAAGCAUGGAGGUUACUUCAACUGCGCCGACAAAUUCACCCCCGGAACGUUACCAACGCACAAAUGGGAGAAGUGCCAGUCGGUGGACACUCACUCCUGGGGCUACAGACGGAACAUGAGGCUGCAUGAGCUCAUGAACCUGCCAGCUAUCAUUCAGGACCUGGUUGAGACUGUGGCUCUAGGAGGGAACUACCUGCUAAAUGUGGGCCCCACUCCCGAUGGCAUGAUCCCUGCAGUGUUCCAGGACAGGCUCACGGGCAUGGGGGAAUGGCUGAAGGUCAACGGGGAGGCCAUUUACGCCAGCAAACCCUGGCGGGUACAGAACGAGACUGCCACCCUACCUGUGUGGUACACUUCUAAAGACUCCAGUGUGUAUGCCAUCAUUAUUGGGAAACCCACAGAGUACAUGUUCCAACUCACUACACCAAAGACUACAGACAAAAUGGUGGUGACUAUGUUGGGUGUCUCUGCUGUGCUUCGGUGGAGUCCUUCGCACCCCACCGGACUGACCGUACUCCUACCUGAAAUCCCUGACUCACCCGGCCGAGCCUGGACCCUGAAGCUGCAGGGGGCUUCAUGAGGUCCACACAAGCGGUGAAGGUGGCCGUCAAUUCUGUGGAAUUGAAUGUGGACUCCAAGGGAAUUUUAUAUGACGGGAGUUUUCUAAAAUCAUCUGCUCUUAAUGAUGGUUAAGGGCAGGCUGCUGCUGAUGACUCGUUAUGAUCCGACCUCGUCCAGCCUCAAUUAAAUCAGCUGUUUUUACUCUCUUUCUCUCUCUCUGUCUCUCUAUACAACAAAUAUAUGAUAUUCUGUUUGUACAGGAUGUUUUUGCACUGCACAUUUGAUUUUAUCCCUUUUUGUAAUAAACACAAUUUGCCAUUCUUA